UAGUUUAUCAAUCCUAUCGCAUGCACACCGGGCCUCUCAAGCUCACAAGGGCUCUCUCAGUACUUCCCCUGUCCUCAUGACCGUGGGAUGAUUAGCGGUGGAUGAUGUCAUGCUGCUUCUGACUCUGCUGGGGAGGCAAGGAGGGAAACCAUCUGUGACUGGUGGAAUGAAGGUAAAGCCUGGCCGAGAUGAGUCCUCUCCAUAUGCAGUCAUGUUGGCUGCCCAGGAUGCAGCUCAGAGGUGCAAGGAGCUGGGCAUCACUGCUCUGCACAUCAAACUCCAGGCCACAGCGGGAAACAGAACCAAGACCCCUGGACCUAGAGCCCAGUCAGUCCCCAGAGCUCUUCCUCACUCAAGGAUGAAGAUUGGGCAGAUUGGGGAUGUCACUCCGUCCCCUCUGACAGCAUUCUAAGGAAAGGAGGUCAUCGUGGUUGCCAUCUGUGAAUAGGACUUCUCAAAUUACUUUCUGUUAAUAAAUUGCUUUAUGAAAGCUAAAUAAAUAAGUAAAUAAAAUGCAUAUGUAUGAGAAAUGGAAAAAAAAUGAAUGAAGUCAUGAAUACAGGGAGCCUGUGGAUAGCCAUAUUUUGAUGGCUGUAUUUACUUCUUUCCCAUGUCCUGGAAUUAGAAAGUGGAGGACACUGUUUCCAAAAGAUGAGCUAUGCCCAGGCUGAUGCCUGUUUGCAUGCCUUUCUUCCUGUUCUAGAGAAGUUUGUUUUGCUGGUUGCUACUGAGCGUUAUUUUUCCCUAACCUUUGCUCCCUUUCCCCACCCUUGGUUUCCAGAUGUCUGAUUUAACCAAGUUCAGGGCACUCAUGUGCAUUUUCCCUUCUCACUUGAACAGAAAGUCCAGAAACUGCAUGGAGGCUGCCAAUCUGACAGAGUGAGCACAGACAUGCAUGUCAACCGAAGGUCUCCUGGCAUUAUGCAAACACUUCAAUGAAGGAAUUUGAAGUUUUUAUAGACAAAGUGGGGGGUGAGCUUGAAAUCACAUGGGAUAUGAGGUGGCAUCUGCCCCUCUUCCUUCCCUGCUUGUGACUGCUUCUGUUGGAGAGACGGCAUAUGUUGUCAGGGUCAGGAAGAGAGAAGAGGAUUCUGCAGCUGCUUAACCUUCUGCUAACAUCUGGUUACAACUGAUGUAUUUCCAAACUUGCAGAAGUUUGUUAGUGUUAAAUAUACAAGUUG